AUGGAGGGUGAAACAGUUAUUGACGAAAACGCCGAAUUUUAUUUUGAAUCUGACAGCUUGGCUCUAAAGGGUAACAAAGAUUACAUGGAUCUACUGAAGACUAUUGUCAUCCUAGAAAACCAGCAGGCACGAGCUAUCGAGGACAUGGACGAGUUAUUAGCCCAACGAGCUAACGCCCUAAAAGAUCCGAUGGGUUUUAUUACCAAGUUGCAAAAUGGUGAACUGUCAACCCUUCCUGGUGAAAUAAAAGUUGCUGAAAUUCCUUACAUCGACUGGAGUCGCUACAACAUAUCUGCUUCUGACGCUCGCUUAAAACCACCGCAGACACGGCAUGGAAAUUUCCGAACCCAAUCUAAAGUCAAGCAAACAGAUGGAAAGAUUCUUGUUCGUGGUCGUCCAUUCGAUGAAAGUAAACCAGAAACUUUCAAUCUUCCUUGGACGCCUGCUGAGCAAUGUAAAUUGGAACAAUUGUUGGUUAAAUAUCCAAAUGAAGAAGUCAGUAUGCGACGAUGGAAAAAAAUUGCUAAUGAAUUAGGAAAUCGUACUCCAAAACAAGUUAUGACAAGAGUACAAAAGUAUUUCCUUAAAUUAAAGGCUUAUAAUAUGCCAAUACCUGGACAAGCUCCAAAAUUAAAUCCAAGUACUAAAAAAAGUAUGAGUCGUCGUUUCUUGCACAGAACUACAUCAUUCUUUCCUUCAAUAAAUAUGAUUGAUGAUAAAGAUACUGAAGAUAGUCACCAGUGGAUGAUUAAAGAUUCAAAGAACGAUAAUGAUGAAGAUACUGAGCUUUGGCAGAUUGAAUUGAUCAGAAAGGUAAAGUCUGAAAAAGAACAGGAAGCAUCGAGUUCUCAACAACAUUUGGGCUACAAGUGCAUAUGUUGUGGAGAUGAUCCUUUAAAAGGUACCAGGUGGAAUUGCGUUGAGUGUUACAACGUUAAUUUGUGUUCAGACUGCGUUGUAGCGCAGUUAGAAGCUGUAAAUCCUAUUCAUCCACCUUCACAUAAAUUAAAAGCAAUUUCUCUUGCAGAAGCUAACAAAAAUUGCGACUUGGAUUAUUCAUCGUAUAAUUAUUUAAAUCCUAAAUUUUUAUCUUGA